AUGCAGGUGUUUUCUCGUCUGCAGAGGAGCUCGCUCGUUUUGCCUAUUCUGGCCUAUAUCCUCCCAGCCAUUGGUACAUCCGUGCCAAUUGUCUCAUGCUCCAUCAAUCAACCACAACUGUUCACGAACCCCAGUUUUGAAGAUGGAGAUCUCACUGGUUGGACAUACGUUUCUUCAUCCGCCAACCCCGAGGUCUACAAUGUAGGCUCGUCAAGCUCGGCAUUCACUACUGCUGCGGAUGGAGUGUACUAUCUAGACACAAAAAGCACCAUGCCCCGGGGCGAUGAUGCUCUAUUUCUUCACCAGACUGUCGAUGGACUCGACACAAGCAUGACAUACACCAUUUCAUAUUCAAUUGCCGCAGAGGCUUCCACAUUUUCGGGCACCGAGUACUGCUACAUGUACAUCUUCAAAGAUUCCCAGACGAAUGCAAAUCUCCUCCAAGAAGACCAGAUCAAAAUAUCUUCAGCAGGACUUUCUUGGACGGAGUACUCCUUUGACUUCCAGCCUACUGCUGAAAGUCAUCUUAUAUUGUUUCUUCCUGAAUGUACCAUUACAACGGCGCAUAUCGGAUUUGACAAUUUUGAAUUCCUUCAACCUGAAACUACCGUGUGCUCAACAUCCUACUCCACUGUUGCCGUGCCAUCCUCUACACCUUCGAGCAGCGCUGAACUAUCGACAUCCUCGUCCAUCGUUGCCGUGUCAUCCUCUACACCUUCGAGUAGUGCUAAACUAUCAACAUCCUCCGCCACUGUUGCCGUAUCAUCUCCUGUCUCCUCAAUUCAAGCUGUCUCUUCGUCUAUUGCGCCGUCGAACUCGCCCAGUCCUGUUUCCACUUCAAGCCCACUGUCAUCCGUCUCGCCUUUAUCGAAAUCAACUCCAAUGCGCUCGAUUCCCGUCCAAACCAGCAGUGUGCCUGUGAAAUCCUCAUCAACUUUAACCCCCAUUCCUUCAAGCCAAUCCAACUCCGUGACUAGCUCCAGCCUGGUUAGUAGUGCUUCGCGCUCGCCAUCGAUCCGCGUUCCAACUCGAUCUGUAUCUAUACAUCAGCAUUCCAGAAAACCCAGCAGUGUAUCAAAGUUGAGAUCUAUCAGCUUUUCACACGGAGUCACUGCCACUUCUUCUAUUCCUCUGAUCACGGCCACAUCCAAGGCUUCCAGUUCGGCCUCUAUCUUAUCAUUCAAUAUAUCACCAGCUGCAUCUGGGUCAUCAUCAAAGAUUACUGACUCGGAAGUUCCAACCCCAACCGAGACUCUUUCCAACUACCAAACUGGUACUGCCGGAUCUGAGACAACUUCUGUCUUCGCUGUUAAGCCUACCGGUACUGGACCUGGUGGAAUGACUGGUGGCGACAGACCUGGCAGCGGUGACAAGCCCGGCAACGGUGACAAGCCCGGUCGCGGUGACAAGCCUGGCAGCAAUGACAAGCCCGGUCGCGGUGACAAGCCUGGCAGCAAUGACAAGCCCGGUAGCGGUGACAAGCCUGGAAAUGAUGGCAAUGAUGGCAAGCCUGGCAAUGGUGACAAGCCCGGUAAUGGUGACAAGCCUGGCAGUGCCAACGGAGGUGGUGAAAUCACCGAGACUAGCAUCUCCAAUUCUGCCUUGCCGACCGAGGUCAUCACCGCCGAAACAACUGGCUUUACCAAGACUGCCGAUCAUCUUUCCAGUGUUUACCAAACGAUAGUUCCAACUACCACAGUAGUGUGGGAAAGUGGCCACGCCGUUACCAAAACACUCUACGAAACUGUUACGGAAUGUCCAGAGGCUGGGGAGACUUCUUCUGUCGGUUCCCUUCCUGUGAUUACGCAGAGUGCGACUGUCGGAUCUGAGACUACUUCCAGUACUCUGUCAAGUUAUGCUGCUUUUGCCACCGGGUCCUCUGAUGUCUCUUCCUCUCUCGAAGGGGGCCAUGGAUCAUCACCUGCGGAUUCCACUGGAUCUGCGGCUCCCACUGACUCUGCAGAUUUCAUUGGCUCUGUGAGUUUCACUGGAUCUGCGGCUCCCACUGACUCUGCAGAUUUCGUUAGCUCUGUAGCUUCCACUGAUUCUGCGACUGCCACUGGUUUCGGAGACUCCAUUGGCUCUGUAGCUGCUACCGAGUCUGCAGCUUCCGUCAAGUCUACUUCUACUUCUACCGAGGCUUCGGUUCCCACUGAGUGGGCGGCUUCCGCCGAGUCUUCCCAAACAGAGAAAUCUACUACUGCCCCAUUGGCUGUCUCCCUCUCUGGUCAGCCUCACACUACUCUGCAGAAAUCCAGCUCUGCUUAUUACGCGAGUGGAACUGCUCAGUCUACUCCACUCGUUGCUACCUCGAGCUCUGCAUCAGCAACAGCCACCUCGCCAAGCGCGGUAUACACUGGCCUCGCUAUUUCCCGAAUGGAAAACCAGCCUCAUUUGCCCAUUUUGAUUGGAGGAGUGUUCGUGCUGGCUAAUCUUCUAUAG